AUGCAAAAUAAUUCAUCAUACACCGUUUUUAUACCUUUGAGAUUGUCUGAGCAAUUAAAAUUAGUCAAUUAGAAUAUAGAUCAUAUACAAGAAUAAAGCAUUGUUCUGUUUCAUUAAUUUUAAGCUCUUGAGAACUCUGACGUAAAAUAAUAUGCCAUUCUAACACUUAUGGAUACAUUACUCUUCUAUAAGUACUCAUCUCCUAUUUUUAACAAAAUAUUUAUGUCACUUAUUACCCUCAUGAAUCAAAUCUUGGACCUACAGUUAAGUUUUUCAGAUAUCAAAUAAUGGACAUCUUGUGUAAUUUCCAUUACAGCAUUAAGUUAAAAACUAUUUACAAAUUAUUUAUUGAUUGGUUAAAAGAGAGAUUAAUCUAUCUAAGGAUUGAAACUUAAAAUAUAUUCAUCAAAAUAUGAUUUAUAAAAAUAUGGUUAUUAACUUUAAAAAGAAAAAUUAGAAAAAUGGUAAUUAUAUGAAACCAACUCCUUUAUUCUAAAGCAUUUUGAUACAAAAAAGAUUGAUCCUAAUUAUUUGAAAGUUUCCAUCACUUAAAUAGAAGAAGAAUAAAACAAAAACACUUUAGAAGUUGAAAAACUAAAUGAUGCUCAUAUAUUUUUAAAUAUUGAUUUUCUAGAAUAUCAUAGAGGAAUGUUUAGAAAUUUAAAUGAAAUUUAUAAAAUUAUUCAUGAAUUAAAUGCUGAACUCCAAGAUGAUAGACUAUUUGAAUUUAUUUAAGAUAACAAAAUAGAAAUCUGGAGAAGAUAUGCAAAUGAAUAUAGAGAUAUAAUUAUAGAUUGCAAAAGUAUAUAUUCCUCUUUACUUGGAACUAUCGAGAGAUUGUAUAUGAAUUUAUAAGACAACGAAGAAUACAUGAAGUUUUGGAUUUAGGUUUUGAGAUCUCAAAAAGGAUAAAAAUAAUUACUGAACGAGAUAAAAAGCAUUAUGUUACAUUCAUUAGAACAGUUUCCUUAAGAAAGUACUAAUGUUUUAAAUCAGUUAGACAAUGCACAACUGUACUAGGUUAAUAAACUAAAGUAAUGA